AUGGCCUUGCUCCGCGCCUCCCUACUGCCACUGGCACUUCUGCAGGCUGUUCUGGCUGCUCCAGCCGACCCUGCCCACCCCAUGAUCACCCUUGCGCCUACGCGCGUGAAGCGAACCCCAGAUAUCACUGAUGACAUCGGCAGCUAUGUCAACAGCGUCAUUGGAGGGCUCGGCAGCGGCGUAUCCUCCUUCGUCGCGUCCGGUAUCCCCCAGUACUUUCAGGGCUUCCCGACCGGCACACAGGUACUUAAAUCUCUGGGUAUCAACGACGGCGACCUUGCUGCACAACCCACUCAGGUCUUGAACAUCCCGGCCUACGGCAACUGGACCGACGAGGGCUGGAACGUCCGCGUUCACGGUAACGUUUUCAAGCAGCCCAACAUUAGCCAGUCCAAGGUCGACGACUUAGCCAAUGUCUUCCUCAUCGACGUCGACGUUGCAGAUUUGCCCGCCGACCAACAAGCCCAGGCACGCAAUGUGACCAAAUCCAUUUUCGUCGUUCAACAAGACGAGCAGAAUGUUACCGUGAACUUCGUCAACGAUGUUUCGGUACGGCCUGGUGCGAGCGGAGGAGCCAUCAAUGCGCGUGGUGGAGCCCAGACAAUCAACAUGCCCUACUUGACCACAGAUCAGGGCGACUUCGACGCGUUUGUAAAGCUGCGAAACACAACGGGAUCAAACGGCGGGCACUUGCUACCAGGAAACGCCACGCAAUCGAUCCAGACCCUCAACAUGUACACGAACGGCACUAAGACGGGCAACGCGACUGCAUACCUCGUGCCUCCUCAAGGCCUGACGAUCUUGUCCGACAUCGACGACAUUCUGCGUGUGACCAAGAUCUACCUACCCAAGGAAGGCCUUCUCAACUCCUUCGCUCGUCCGUUCACGCCCUGGAUGAAUAUGCCCGAGAUUUACGCCAACUGGUCUGCAUCCAUCCCGGACUUCCACUUCCACUACUUGACCACCACGCCCGAACAAGUUACCCGGAAUUACAUGGAGUUCAUCUACAAGACAUACCCCCUAGGCAGCUUCGACACGCGCCCGCUCAACUUCUCUGAUGUCCAGGCGACGCUGUCAAUCCGAAGGUUCCUGCUCGACAAAAUUUUCCAGACCUUCCCCCAGCGCAAGUUCAUUCUUGUGGCUGAUACCACGAACUCGGACGUCAUGAAGGCGUAUCCCGCGAUGUACAAAGACUACCCAGGCCAAGUACAGUGUAUUCUGCUGCGCAACACCAGUGCUACCGACUCGGGCAAUUUGUUCCCCUACAAUACAGAGGGGUUCAAGGAUAUCCCCCAGAGCAACUACAUGUUCUUCACUGUACCGGACGACCUGACCAACCUGGACAUUGCCGGCGGGCAAUGCUACAACGCUACCAUCCCGCAGAAUGUUACUUUCAAGACGCAGGGGUUGCCAUUUGGAUGGGGCAACGCAGCCGGGUCACUUUCGCCGCCCGCCACAUGGGCAAUGGCCGUUGGUCUGUUUGCCAUGGGAAUGGUGGCUUCGCUGUGA